AUGACGGAGACUCUGAGUGUGAUCACAAGACCCUUGGACAGCUGUGGGAGCCAGCUGCUCCAAAGAGUGUGGGAAGCUGACUUGGAGGCCUGUCAGCUGUUGAUCCGAGGGUUUCAACUGAAAGAAUCCAGUUGCUGUGCCUUUGAAGAGGAGGAGAACCAAAUGGAUGAGAUGGAGAUGACUGCUGAUGGCCCAUCUGAUUCCGAAAAAAGAAAAGAAGGUCACUUUUCAAAGGAUGCGGAGUGGAGUACUGUCCCCUGCCCCAAACACAGUGAGCUAAAAGAGGUCACGGAAGAUGUUUCAUUUGGAGCAGAGGGUCAUUUAUCCGAGGAGUUCUUCAUAUUUUCUGCAGAGUUGGGAGAAAAAUGUGAAGCAAUAAGUGAAAAAUUGGUGCAUCUGGAAGAUCAACUGCAAACUUCUUCCUGCAGAGUUGAUGAAGGAGUUAUUCAGUCUCUGCAGAGGGAGAUCCAGGUGGUGAAGGAGACGCUCCAGACCAUGGUGGUGCAACUUCAGCCAGCCAGGGAGGCAGCAGAAGAAAAGGCUGGAGUCUUCCUCUGUGACAGCUGGUGUCCAGGAAAACAAGACUUGAGGGAAUAAUGAGCAGAAAGAGCUGGUAGGAUGACAUGAAUUUGCAAAGGGCUGCUCUUAGUAACUGAAUACUGUUUUACCAAGCCUCAGGGAUCUCUUCUCUCCCUGCAUAACUAAUAACUAAAUCAAUUAUGGAGAAACAGAGCCUGGAGGUCUAUCAUCAGAAGUAUUCUACACAGGCUCACACAUUUUGGCACAGAUUGGGAAACAGCUUUCAGAGCAAAGCAGCCCCUGUAAAUGUGUAGAUUACAAAUUGAUACAUUUCAAGUGAAUCUGCAAAGUUGCCUUUAAUGUCAGUGAAAUGUUCUCCUUGAAGACUUGUAAACAGUAUCUGUCUUCCUUACUCAUGGAUUUUUUCCCUUCAGUUUAAAAAUGUAGUGUCAAAGCUGGAACAGCUAGUAUUUCUUGAAAAAUGGCUGUAAGAAUAAUAAGAAGUUUUUUUUCUCUUUGGCUUUGACAGCUUUCUUACACUGAAUGUAUUUGCACAUUCCUGCCAAUAAUUAAAUCAAUAGGAUGAAAUUCAAGCUAACUGAGCUCUUUCAACUGAAAUUUGGGCCUCGUUUACUCUGUGGUAUUGAGUCCAGUGGAGGUAACUAACAACAGCCCCUAUAGCAGUAGUUAAACUCACUUCAUUUAGAUACUGUAAAAAAUUGCUUUGGUAUUACAGGGGUUGUAAUGCA